AUGGGUGAAGGUGAGUUCUCUAUCCAUGGUUACAAUAUUGUGACUUUAUUAAAACGUCUUGAAGCUGCCACUUCCAGAUUGGAGGAUGUCACCAUUUUUCAGGAAAGUGCCACCGAUAUUAGCUCCUCUUCUAAAGAGAUCACCACGAACUCAGAAAAUACGAUGGCUGUAGGUGGAGCUGCUGUAGGUGGGGAUGCUGUAGGUGGAGGUGCUGCAGGUGGAGAUGCCGUCACCACGAGUUCUUCUUUACCUCCUGCUAUCAAAGCGUACAAGAAGUUUAUCGAUGAAUAUGUCAAUCCUUUUGUUGCUCUUUCGGUCGAAAUCGAUCCCGUCGUUGGCAAACAGGCCGAGGUUUUCAAGAAAGCUGCCGAAAUGGAGGGAGACUUCCUUUGGGCUGCUUCUUUAUCAAAGAAAGUCACUCCAAGCGACGCUGUAUUUGCAGAGGUGUUGAAGCCAAUCAAUGAAGCCAUCGGAAAAGUUGUUGAAUUGAAGGAUGCCAACAGAACAAGCAAAUUCAACAACAAUUUGGCAACUGUUGCCGAAGGAGUGCCUGUCUUGGGCUGGAUUUGUGUUGAUACUCCCGUUUCAUACAUUCCUGACUUCAAGGAUUCGUCUCAAUUUUGGAGCAACAGGAUUUUGAAGGAGUUUAAGGAUAAGGACGAGACCCAAGUUAACUGGGCUAAGGCUUUUACCGCGGUAUUUGAUGGUUUAAAGGCAUUUGUGAAAGAAUACGAGACUACAGGUCCUACUUGGAAGGUCGACGGGGCAGAUAUCAAGGAGGAAAUCGAGAAGGUGAAAGGAGGCGACAAAAUACCGGUUGAGGAAUCAGCAGUACCAGUAGCUCCUUCUGCCGGAGGACCUCCACCACCACCUCCGCCGCCUCCUCCAGCAUCUGUAUUUGAGGCUCAUGCAGUUUCCAAAGAUUCUGAAACUUCUGGAACAGAUGGAGGAAUGAAUGCAGUAUUUUCGGAGCUUAACAGGGGAGCAGAUAUCACUAAAGGACUCAAAAAAGUAGACAAGUCGCAGAUGACACACAAGAAUCCUGCACUCAGAGCGUCAUCAAAUGUUGCAUCUCAAAAACCUGUUCCUCCUAGGAAGCCUAAGAACUUGUCAAAGAAGAAAGAAGUGGCUUCCAAGCCACCUCAAAAGGAAUUUGUUGAUAACAAGUGGAUGGUGAUCAACUAUAACGAAACAGAUGAUGGCCUACCUAUUGUUCUUGAGGUUAGUAUGGAUCAAAGUGUGUUUAUUGCCAACAGUGAGUCGAUCGUGGUACAGAUCAAGGGUAAGGUGAAUGCCGUGACGAUUAAUUCGUGCAAGAAGGUAGGUGUAGUGUUGGAAAGGGGUAUUUCAUCGGUAGAAAUCAUCAAAUCCAACCACGUAGAGUUACAGAUCAUUGAUCACGUGCCUACAAUUGCCGCUGAUCAGACUGACACAUUAACUAUCUACCUCAGUGCUACUAGUUUGGAUACAGAGAUCUUCACGUCUUCGACUACUUCGCUGAAUGUGGAGAUUCCGGAUGGUGAUGAUAUGAAGGAGCUGGCUGCACCAGAACAACUGAAGCACGUGAUUGAUACCAAGAGCAGAAAGAUGGUUUCCACUGCAGUUGAGCAUGCCAGUUAG